AAAAUAACCACGUCUAAACUUUUCAUCCUCGCUCUCAUUUUGAUUUUCUGAGAGAAAAAAAAAAACUAAAUCUUUCUUUUUUUUCCUUGUGAUAGAUAUGGAGAUUUCAUUAGUGAGAUGUUCACAAGCAAAAAUCAUGAAAAAUGAUGUUGAGAUUCGUGAAUUAGGGUUUUGUAAUUUGAUGAAUAAUCAAAUCUUUAAUAACAAAACAAAUAGGAUUUGUUUUGAUGGUCUGAUGAUGAAUGAUAAUAAGAGAUGGAGAAGAUCGUGUAAGGUUCAAUUAGCUUUGAGAGCUAUCAAAUCGGAGACAGAGAAGACAGAAACAGUCAUUAGAAAACAAUCUAACUCAGAAGGAAGACCAAAACUGUAUGUUGGACUUCCUCUUGAUGGAGUCUCUGACUGCAAUUCUGUCAACCAUGCAAGAGCAAUUGCUGCUGGAUUAAAGGCGUUGAAGCUCUUGGGUUUAGAAGGAGUGGAGUUUCCGAUUUGGUGGGGUAUAGUUGAGAAGGAAACAAUGGGUCAAUACAAUUGGUCAGGCUAUGUUGCUCUUGCAAAGAUGGUGCAAGAAGCGGGUCUGAAGUUACGUGUUUCCCUUUGCUUCCACGGCUUAAAAGAACCUUCAAUUCCGUUACCCGAAUGGGUAUCUCGUAUUGGAGAAUUACAACCUGAUAUCUACUUCACUGAUCGCUCUGGAAGGCGUUACACUGAGUGUUUGUCUUUGGCUGUUGAUGAUCUUCCAGUGCUCAAUGGAAAAACUGCAAUGGAAGUUUACCAAGGAUUUCUUGAGAGCUUUAAAUCGUCUUUCUCACCUUUCAUGGGUUCCACUAUCACGGACAUCACAAUUGGUUUAGGACCAAAUGGUGACCUCAGAUACCCGUCUAGUCCUUCAGCAAGUACACAAGAUUCUAGAGUUGGAGAAUUCCAGUGCUUUGACAAACACAUGCUCGACCACCUCAAACUGCAUGCUGCAGUAACUGGAAACCCUAACUGGGGACUUGGCGGUCCACAUGAUGCCCCAACUUACUACCAAUCUCCCAACUCCAAUACUUUCUUCAAGGAGAAUGGAGGUUCAUGGCAAACUCCUUAUGGUGAUUUCUUCCUGUCCUGGUAUUCAAACCAACUCAUCUCUCAUGGAGAUCGUCUUCUCUCUCUUGCCUCCUCAAUUUUCCGGAACACUCUUGUCACGAUAUCCGGAAAAGUCCCACUUGUACACAACUGGUAUAAAGUUCAAUCCCAUCCUUCUGAAAUGACUGCAGGAUUCUACAACUCAGACUCAAGAGAUGGUUAUAAUCAAGUUGCAGAACUUUUUGCGAAAAAUUCUUGUAAGAUUAUCCUCCCAGGAAUGGAUUUAUCCGAUAAACACCAGCCUUCUGAAUUAUAUUCAAGUCCCGAACUAUUGCUUUCUCAGAUCAGAACUGCUUGUGAGAACCAUGGGGUAAAAUAUGUUGGUGAGAAUUUGUUGGCGUCAGGUAUGCUGCCAUUGAAUGGUUUUGAAAGGAUCAAGCAUAACCUUUCAAAGGGAGCUGCAGUAGAUUCAUUCACGUAUCAGAGGAUGGGGGCAUAUUUUUUCUCACCAAAACACUUUUCGUCAUUCACAGAGUUUGUCAGGAGCCUAAACAAGCCUGAAUUGCAUCAUGAUGAUAUGCCGACAUAUGAAAAAGAAGAAACCAUAUUGGUAUCUAAACCAGUUAAGGAUCUCAGAAUGCAAGAAGUUUAGUAGAAGUAAGAUAUCAUAAUUCCUGUAUAUAUAGAUGUCAAGGAAUUACAAAUGUAAAUUGUAUGUGGAGAGAAAUUUAUAUAUAAUAGAAAGAACCUAACAGUGUUACCAUUUGCACACAAAAAAAAGAACCCGCAAACUAAAGCUUCAAAGGAGUUUGAGCUUGCUAGUUGUUGCUGGGUAAAUUUAUAUAUAAUAGAAAGAAAGUACUGGUGAAGAAGAUGCAGGAGAAAAUUAGUGUAAAUUUAAGCUCAAUUUAUCGAGAAACUGUAAGAAAGAACUGGAGACAAAUAAAGGGCACGUACCGUGCGCCUGCAGAAUGCAUACUCUGUGUUAUGUAAAUUAUUUGAGGAGACGGUUUUCCCUUA